GUCACCAAUAUUGACUACAUGCAUUCGCGAACAAGCAAACGUGUCUUUCUUAUGAUAUUUUUCGUAUGGACAGCGGCGGUGAUAGUAUCACUGGCACCACAAUUCGGCUGGAAGGAUCCAGACUAUUUACAACGUAUUGAACAGCAAAAAUGCAUGGUUUCACAAGAUGUUUCAUAUCAGGUAUUCGCCACGUGUUGCACGUUUUAUGUGCCACUGCUAGUAAUUUUGGUGUUAUAUUGGAAAAUCUAUCAGACCGCACGAAAACGUAUACAUCGGCGUCGUCCAAGGCCCAUCGAUGUAACCGGUAACAAUAAUCAG